CCCCAAGUUGUACGACUUGGCUUCAAAGAGAUCUCGUCUCUGUCCAUCCCAACCGUGUGUGACACCCCCCUGUCACUCCUACAAGUGCUGAAGCAGGGACAGCCUCCCACCUCACACCAGCUGUGUCCCAGCAUUCCCACAAGGAAGCUGCACCUCACUGGUGUCCACAGCCACAGCACACACAUCCCUGCAGGGAGAGAGUGUCUCUGCUCCCCCAGAUCUGCAGUUUCAGCCAGCAAACUUAAAAAGGGUGGAGGAAAGUGAGAGGAAGAAAGAGAAAGAGGUUUUAAGUUUGAGCAGUUUAACCUUUGAAAAGGGUCUUGUUCCAGAAAUAUACAUGGGUACAAUGUAUUUAUGGAUGGGGUUUGCAAGGCCUUCAUCAGCUUUUUGCUCCAACCUGAUCCACACUGGCCAAAAUCUCUGCAGAAGCAGUAAGCUGUUAGAUGACCUUUUUUUUGCAAGGGGAAAUCCAAGUAUUAGACUCUCAGCAAAGGAGCACAGAUUCAGUCCCCAGAGUCAGAGUCCAACAGAAACAGGCAGGGUUUAAAAUAUCACCCACCAGUUGCUCUUGCACAGAGUAACAUAACUGCAGGAAUUGUUAAUCAAAUGAUUGCAGUGAAAAUUAAAGUGGUUGAACCUACUCAGAGAGAAAGAAUAAAAUCAAUUAGUAGAUAGAAGAUGAUGCUUUAAAUGUGAUUUUUUUUUCUUUUCCAAUCAUUCCCUGAGCUCCCUGCCUGAGCUUCAUGAGCAGUGCACACUCAGGAGCAUCCUCAGAAUCAUGGAACAGCAAACUGAAGAGGCAGAGAAGGAAAAUGCAGAAGGUUCUGUCUAUCUCUUGCUUCUCUGUCUCAAAGGUCCUGACCAAGGCACUCAAAGAGCUUUUCCAGAGUGAAAAGCACAUGCAUGACCAUUGUGGUGCCUACUGAACCAGGCAUAAGCCAAAAUACCAUUGUUUGGAUCAAAGAGUUUUAAAUCCCACAGUAACAGAAGGUCCCUCCAGCAGGAGCAAGGAGCUCUCAAGGUCAGAUCAUCUCUCCAGAGGUGAGAAUCUCUUGGUGCUGAGGUGAGCUGCUCCAGGGCAUCACAUCUCAGGGCUGACAAACACUGAAAGCCUGACAUGGCCUGGUUUGCACCACGGUCCCACAUAUUACAUCAUCCUUUGGCCACAGACUCAUCAGAACCACAUUCCCACCCCAGAAGCCUAUUUUCUGCCCCAAAUUAGUCCUGCAGUGCAAACACUGCUCAGACUGACAGCUGCUGACCAGAGCAGGGCUGCCAGGCCGUUUGCAUAACAGGGUCCGGAGCGCGCUCAGCAGUGCCAGCUGAUUCUCACUGCAACAAUGGAAAAACCCAGAAAUCUCAGUGAAUACGCCAGUCUGUGUCCUAAGUCAGCCCUUGGACUCCCUCCCUUCCUUGAGCCCGUCUUGCCUCUGCACAGGCUCCACUGGGGCUCUGCAGCCAGCCUCGGGAGCAGAAAUCUCAACAAGCUCACAGUUAUAUGCUCAGCUCUCAGCUGUUUGCUGCAGCCAGGAACUGGCUGGAAAUCAGUUCAAAAUGUUCCAAUUCCAAACCCCACCCUGCAACCCCUGGAUCUCUCUUCACGCUCACAGAAGCAGGCGCUGGGGCUUUUAACUGCUUUGCUUUAACCUUCUUUAUUGGGAGAGCAGGAGACAUCCCUUGUGAUGUUAAUUCACCUUUGCCACCACUACCCUUAGACAGGAGCCAAGGCAAAUGCCACUCCCAGCUCCAGCAGUGAUUCUUUUGUUUUGCUGCUUCUCCAUCUCCUUACCAAUGCCAAUGCUUUUCUCUUUCCACAGCUCUGCCUUGAGAGCCACAGGCACUGCCACCCACCUCUACACCACUGCCUGGCAUUUCAUACCCACCAGCCCAUGUCCCACCACUGCCCUGCAGGCUCUGAUGCUGCCCCAUCCCUUGGUGGAAGGCAUCAGGCAUCCUGACCAUGGCCAUAUUAUCCUCAACUGCUCAUAAGAAAAGAACACAGAAAGAAAAGAAAUUAAGACUGUCUUUGCAUUCCCUUUCUUGGCCAGCUCUUCAAUGCAGCCUAGAUCUGGAAGUGUUCAACCAAAAUUUUGCAUUGGAAGAGCAACUGCUGCACUGUUGGCCUUUGGCAUGAUCCCAUAGCACUCCCACCUUCUCCAAUCCCUGUUUAGGCAAACUCCUCUUGAGUCAGUGAAAAAAGGCAUCCCACCCCCACCAGGAACCUUCCUCUGUGAGAACAGCACCCGAUGCUUCUCCCCAGACCAGCUGAGGCUAAGCAGAACCCCAGAAUCUGCUGGAAGCUCCAGCAGGAGGUGGCUGUGGAGCUCAGCAGUGCUCCCUGCUAUGCUGUUCAACCAAAGCAGGCUGUUUUCCCCCCCUCUGCAGAUGAAUCUGGGCCCUGCUCAGCAGGAAGGUUCUCCACAGAGCAGGUCUGCAUUGGUUCUUCCUGAGUAUUUGCCUCCCAUUUUCCUCCAGAGAUGAAAACUACUCCUGCACAUUGCUCAGCAGCAGGGCCAAGCAGGGCCAUGGACACUCCUCUGCCUGGUGCCAAGGGGUUAAGCUCACAGUAAGUUCCCAAAGCCAGUUGUUUCCAACUGGCUGCUGCCUGUGGUUUGUGGGAAGGGAUUUUGCUUUUUAAUAACAUUAUAAAUAGGGCUGUGUUCAGUAUGCUGCAAACUCUCUCUCUCUCUCUCCCUCACCCGUCACUCUCCUCCUCCUGCUUCUCUUCCCACCACACUUAAUUUCAGAUCUGACCAUGAAUGGGUCAGGCUUCCUCCUCGGUGUCCUCAGCCUGCUGGCAUGUCUGGUCUCCACCAUGCAGGCAUGUCCCCCCAGCUGCCACUGCCACGGCGGGGACCUGCAGCACGUCAUCUGUGACAACGCGGGGCUCAAGAAGAUCCCCAAAGUGCCGGAGCAGACACGGCUUCUCAACCUGCAGAAGAACAACUUCCCCAUCCUGCCCACCAACGGCUUCCGUGACAUGAAGAAGUUGGUGUCCCUGCACCUCCAGAGCUCCCGGAUCAAGGAGAUCUCCACCGGAGCCUUCCGGGGGCUCAAGAGCCUGGUCUACCUCUAUCUCACCGACAACCAGAUCAGUGUCAUCAAGCCAGGAGCCUUUGAUGAUCUCUCUGAUCUCACCUACCUGUACCUGGACAAGAACAAGAUCCCAGACCUAUCCAAAGGGCUCCUCUCCCCUCUUGUCAACCUCUUCAUCCUGCACUUGGGCAGCAAUAAAAUCCAGGAGCUGAAACCAGGGGUCUUCAAUGGGGCUAAAGAUCUGCGCUGGCUCUUCCUCUCCGACAACUCCCUCACCAACCUCCUACCUGGGGCCAUGGAGGAUGUAGAAAACCUUGCUGUCCUCCACCUGGACAAGAACCAGCUGAGCAGCUACCCUGUGAAUGCAAUGAGUAAGCUGAGAGUGCUGGAGGAACUGAAACUUUCUCACAACCCUAUUGAGGUCAUCCCUGACAAUGCCUUCCAGUCCUUCGGGCGAUACCUGCAGACACUCCACCUGGACAACAUGAAACUGAAGAAGUUUGCAGACAAUGCGUUUGCUGGCGUGACCGUGCUGAAAACCGCGCACGUGGAGAACAACCGGCUCACCCAGCUGCCCCGAAACUUCCCCUUCGACAAACUGGAGACGCUGACCAUCUCCCGGAACCCCUGGCACUGCAGCUGCCAGCUGGCCCCGCUGCGCAAGUGGCUGAAAGGCAACCGCACCCGUGCUGAGGACACGUGCUCCAGCCCAGCCCAGCACCGGGGACAGCCCAUCAGGGACACCCCGGCCCUCCGCGCCUGCAAGCUGCCCACCAAGAGGUCCAGGAAGGGGAGCCGCCAUUAAACACGCAGGCUCCAGUAUGGCCCGUCCUGGUGACCGGUCACUUCAACCAUCAGGAAACUACUGACUUCUGAGUCCUUCCCUGAGCUUCUCCUACCUGUCAGGAAGCACUUCUGAUAUAUAUGAACACCUGCAGCCUCCUCUGAAUCCCUGCUUCUCUGCUGAUCACAAGGAUGGAAUCCACCUUCUCAAUCUUUUCUGACAUCUAUGUAUUUUAAAAGAGGCCUCUUUAAAAACUAAACUAUGCAUGACCACACACUAAGACAAGCUAAGCUAGAUCCUGCUGGUAAAACACAGCCAUCUUUCCCAGAAGAAACAGAACCCACAUCCCUGAUCAACCAGCUGGUUGCUGUCUCUCCCAUUCCAGAGGAGAGGGAGCAAAGGGGAAGGUGGGAGGAUCCCUACCCCAGCUGCUUGAUAAGGAAAAUUGGUCUCAAGCCAUGCCAAGAGACUCCCCCGCCUUCCCACAGAGGGGAUCCCUGCAGGCCAGGGCUGAGGGGACAGGUGAAGCAGUGACCAAGAGCCAGUGGCCCUGAGGCAGCAAUCUCCCAAAAUUGGCCAGAAAUCCUUUAAGGGAAACAGUACUGGGAACCUCCAAACCUGGAGCCAUCGAAAGACUGGAUUUCCCUCCCACUCUGUGGGGUCUCCAAGAUGUCCAAGAGGAGAAGGUGCAGUUGGCUCAGGCACCCCUCCUCUCCUUCCCACCCAUACUCCAGAGAUCUAGCAGGACACCAGGAUGACUAUGGUUUAUUGUCACAGCUAUUUCAAAGCCACAGUUGCAAUUCAACUACAUUUUUAAAUCCUAAAGAGUUAUAUAAAUAUAUGUCUAUUUAUUCCUCUGUAACAGUGUAAAUGACCUUUAAGAGGGUGAACACUCCUCUGCCUCCCAUAUAGAAAUCGAAUUGUAUAUUUUCUUAUGUACAUCUUCUGUAUAAAGCUCUUGCUGCAAAGAUGAAAUCAACAAGUCUCUGUGUGUCUGUCUGAGGGCUGGAGGGAUCAGCAGUAACAUGAGACCAGUGGCACAAAUAUAGACUUAAUCCUCUUUAUCCCAUGGGCAGAGCAACUGUUUGGGAGGGUUUUAUUAUUUCGCUUGCUACAAAACAGGAACAUGUGACACCUAAUGAGUCCUGGGCUCUCACAGUAAUGCUUGAAAAUAUUUUGUGAGGCCAAACUCAAUUUUACUAUGAAAAUAGGUAGCUGUCACCUGACAGAGCUCAAGCAGCAGCACCAACCCUGGUGUUUCCAGCUCGGCAUUAAGAGCAUCAUAUCCGGGAAAAAAACCUGGCUGCAUCCAAGGCAGCUUCAGGAUGGAUGCCCUGGAUUCCCCUGGUCUGUGGCAGAGCACAGAGCUGUCCCUGUAAAACCCCACUGCUGUGCAGUCAGGGCCUGCCAACAACACCAGCCUGAUCUGCCUCCCAGAGCCACAUGUUUAUCCAUCACCACUGGCUGCUUCCUCAGCCUUGGGGAGCAGCAUGGUAACAAAUUAAUCUCCUUUAGGGCAAAACAAACUAGUCCUUUUCUGGCUCAGCCAUUCUGCAUGCACAGGACAUGCCCAGGAAAUGUGUCACCUGGAGGGUCACUGUCCUCCACAUGCAGCACAGGCUGGUGGCUCUGGCACAGGCCCAGCGUGGUGGAGCAGCAGGAGUCUGGCCCAGCUCUGCUGCCCUUCUAGCAGUGCAGCAGUGGAUGGCACCAUUGCCACCACCUGACUCAGACAUGACAAAAACCAUGCAAUGAGGUUUUACAUCCACAGGAAAUCCAGGAUGGGCAAAGAAACUUGACAGCUCCACACCAAGAGGGACAUAAGCACCCACCCACACCAGCAUGAACCAGCAUUGCCUCUGCCACCAUAAUCCUGGCAGUGUGUACAACUGAACGUCAGUAAAAGUUUUGAAAUUAGCAGCAGAAUUUCACUUAAUGACAUUGAAUGUGAUGCCUUGUCUUCUUCUGAAGCUUCCUCCCCAGACAGCUCAGCAGCAACCAGGCAGAACCCCCACUUCUGUUUUCCAGGUUUUCUGAGCCUUCCCUCCUCAGCCUGAUCCCAGCAGCUCCAGGACCACCAGGUACCACUGUGAUCCAGAGAACCCCAACUCGGCAUCUCACCACGACCAACACCCCUUGAAGGUCUGGUCACA